AUGAUUCGUCCAACUCGAACCCAUUUCUUCGGAAUGGAGCUGCCUUUGUCAUCACCAUGUGUAGUGGAGCGAAUCCGUCAGAUCGAGCCAAGCAGUAACACGGAGCUGAAUUACACUAUUUGCAGAUCCUAUCGAAACAACUUUCUAUCACGACUUGGUGAUGCGCCAAAGGCCAACUUCUGGUCUACUCAGAAUGGAGUUCAAAUCCUCCCAAGCACAUUGCCAGACACCGAUGCUACAUCGGAAGAUGCGACGAAGAGAAGACUGGAUGUUAAUACCCAAGAUACAAGUCAUGCGGUUACACUGGAAGAGGCCGAGAUGCAGAACAAUUGGUUAGCGAUUUUGAAAAAAUAUGAGCCGCCCUCUUCCUCAUAUGUUGAAAUGAAUGUCCUCGAAAACGACUUCCUUACUGCGGAAAGUUACACUCUACAGCACCAGAUUGAUGAUUUAUCAUGGCGCGAUGAUUUCUAUCCAGAUGCGGUAUUAAGAUUGAGCGAUCACUUUGACUGCGAACCUGCACAUAUUACAUCGUGUAUCAUACCAACACCCCUUCGAAACUAUCCGGCCAUUGGCGGAAUCGAUCCAAAGACCCUGACAACAUUUACGUGUUUCUCCAAACUUCCCAAAGAAUUGCAAAUGAGAAUCCUGGAAUUUGUCGUCUUCGCACCUCGUACAGUUGCUGUUCGUUGCAUGGAAUUUCAUCCCAACGAAAGAAAAGGGAGACACGGUGGUCCUCCUCAACCUCCAUUUCGAAACAAAAUUGAAGAACUAGUACGCAUAAUCCAGACAAAGACCAACAGUGCUGCUCCCAUCCUUCAAGUUAACCAAGAACUUCGCAACGCGGCCCUGAAGUUUUACGACCUAUGCUUUGGUACGAUGAUCUACAAACAUCGCCGUACCACACUUCGUGGUGUCAACUUCAACUUCAACAUAAAGAAGCAAGCCUCUGAUUAUCUUGUGAGAGAUGCUAAAGUCCAUAUAAAUCUUAUCUCUGAUACUUUGUAUGUGGAGGAUUGUGAGGCGGAGAACGUACUCGAAAGUACGUUCCUCCCCCCAUCCGGACAGGAAGUUGGUAAAGUCUUACGCCUCGAUUCAAUCCGCAGCAUUGCCUUCGAUAUGCACACUCUAAAGGAGGGACGUGUGAUGAUUUGCUACGCAAGUGUUUUGAUAAACAAUCCAAAUAUCGAGGAAAUUAUUUUUGUGGCUAGACUCAUCCAUCCACGGGCAGAUUUGAAACCAGAUGAAUUCGGCUACCACAGAAUAACAUCACUUGCGCGUGGCAAGCUGGAGUUGGUGGAUUUGAAAAAGCAGGAGGCUUUAUUCUAUUACGACAAAUUCGUCAGCAACUUUUAUGAUUUUGUUUGGCAGUACCGAUUUUUUGAAGGACGUCCAGGCUUGAAUGGAAUACUUCUGACGGAUGGCCCAAGGAUUCGUAUCGUGGGUCUUUUGAGUAAUGGAAAACGGAUUUGA